GCAAACCCUACAAAACAAAAAAAGAAUUUUCAAAAUCGGUCUAUAAUUGACGGAAUUAUCGCUGGACAUACAUAAAAAAAAAAAAAAAAAAAAACAUACAUACAGCCGAACGUAGAACCUCCUCCUUUUUGGAAGUCGGUUAAAAAAUGACACACAUUUCUAUAAACUUCAUAUCAAAUGUCAGAAACUCGAGAGACAACAAAGAAAAUAUAUAAUUUUUAGGAAAUUUCGGCGUCAAAAUACAAAAUGCUUUCCAAAUUCCUCAAAAGGUUGUGCCCUUGUGCGAGGUCAUGCCUUGUGCUGCACAAGUCUGUUCACCAGACCAGCUCCCGGCACAGUCAGCUGCUGCCGGCGUCUCAGUACGACGUGCCUGUGCCUCCGAACCUACACCUCAUAUACGCGUUGACGAACUACUGGGAGCUGAUACCGCUGUUCGUCAUCACUUGCACCAGCCUGACUUUCAUGACGCUGUCAAUAAUGUGGGCGUGUUUCCAUAAGGUGGACGUGGUGUUCUCUACACACAGCCGCGACAACAUCUCGCGCACGAUGGACCUGCGGAACCCCUCCGUACACAAGUUAAUCAUCAUCAACCAGCGCUACGAGCCGUGGCCCGAGAUGCAGGACGUACUCGACAAGAUGCGCAUGGCGGAGAAGCGUGCUCUAGUGCGCCUGCAGACUUGCAGCCAUGCCUAGGCUGUGAGUCACACCCGUGUAGGCUACAAGGGUCAUAUCUAUGUAAAUAGGCUAGAAGGGUCAUAUUUACGUUGGUUGCAUAAGUACGCUACAAGAGGUUACAAGAGUCACGCCCAUGUAGACUAUAGGGGUCACAGACAUGUAGGUCGGCUAGAAGGGUCAUACCCAUUACUUACCUACUUAAGGGUUGGUUAUUUAAGUACGCUACAAGAGGUUAUAUCCAAGGGUCACACCUUUGUUGGCUAUAAAAGCCACACUCAUUGAAAUCUUAGUAGAUAAAUUCAAUAGAAAUGGCUCGUUUGCGUGAAGUUGUCGCCGUCGUGUUCAGGAUAAUAAGUAGGUGUACUAAACCCCUGUAACCGAUUGUAUUGUAACUUUCCACUAUACUGUAUCUUACUUUUCGUAAAUCUGAGUGUGCCAAUGUAUACAAAGUAUUGUAUGUCUUACACUGUGUAGAGUUUCUGUUCUUAGAGUCAGGGAUCGCGACACUUCGUUUGUUUGUUAUGUAAGUCUGUUGAAUUUUUAUUCAGAUUUCUGUCACACUAAACUCUGUUCUGACCCUUCGGUCCUUCUAUCAACCAGUCCAGAUAAAUCUUUAGUGUUGGUUCAUUUUUGGCACAUACAAAAAAUAUAAGUGCGAACCGGAUCUUCGGCUUCUGAAUCGAGGCAAAACUUAACAAUAAAACCAUUACUUAAAUUUUUAGUUGGUGUGUUGCUUCGCAUAACUUCUAUUUAUGCUGAAAAAUCCCAGUGUGGAUGGACCCUUUUGUGGCACCAAGUAUUUUUAUAUUGUUUUUUUUAGAAAUUAGAAUAUUGUGUAUG